AUGCAAUCAAACAAAUCGCUGAGAGUUUGUUCAGUUUGUGGUGAGAGGGCUAAUGGCUACAAUUUCUGUGCGAUUACUUGCCAGUCGUGUAAAGCAUUCUUCCGGAGACACGCGUUUAGAUUUGAUACAUACAAAUGUCGUUUGGAUGGCAAUUGUGAGAUCACUGUCUCGAGCCGUAGCCGAUGCCGCAGAUGUCGACUCCAAAAGUGUUUUGACGUCGGAAUGAAUAAAGAAUGGAUACUGAAUGAAGAGGAAAAGGAGUAUAGGAGGCAACAGAUUGAGGAGAACCGGAAGUGGAGGGAAAGUAACCGCAAAAUCAAGGAAACAAAUGCCGAUAAAGACAUACAAUUGUCGGACACAUCUAAUACCGAGUCCAACGACAGUCUACUGAGUAUUUCGGACACAAAUAUGUUGAGCGAUGAGGAGAUCAGUGAAUAUAUUAUGCAAAUCGAGAACUUCUCUAUAAAUGACGAUAUCAGUGGUAAUGAUGAGGACAGUGGUCAACAGGAGUUAGUCAUUCAAGUGAUACCUAAACUGAUGAAUAACUUUAGCCAAUUGAAUGAUAUUGAGUGCAACCGUCUGAAAGAGUUGGUCCACUCGUCCGUAUUGGGUAUCAAAGAAAAGAUACCAUUCCCUAAGACAACGUCCUAUGCAUACAAAUCAAUCUAUGAAGUCUUGGAGUUUAUGCCUAUUCUGCUAUUUAAUAGCGAUGUGCCCAAUAUUAAACAUAAUGAUGCGGUUAUUUUUCAACACAAACUAUACCAGUAUUUACUGCAACGAUAUCUAUACGUGAAAUAUGGCUCAGAAUAUGAAGCGAAUGCAAAAGACAUAAGACUUGUGAAUGAAUUGUAUAAACAAAAUCUCAAACAAAGCGUUUUAAGGGAUAAUGAUUGCGGACCACUACUCAAAGAGAUACUUGACAUCCCGUCCCCUGAUUCAUUUAGUAGCUAA